AUGGAUUCCGUCUGGCGAAAACGUGGCAGACGACGCGACGAGGCCGCGCAAGGCCGUGGACUUGAGCAUCGGUUCGAGAUGGCUAAGCGGUCCACCAUUUCUACGAGGACCAGAGGAGAGCUGGCCAAGAUCGAGCGAGGAGUGGAUCCCUCCGACGCCCGACGAAGAGGAAAUGAAAUAUUUAUUCGUCGGUGCCGUGGACUACGAUACGAUGGAGAGGAUCACGGACUGACGUCGACUGAAGCUGAGCGCGCUCUAGUACGGCAAUCGCAGAGAGAACCGUUUGCUGAGAACGACCAAGGGAAGGCCGCCAAGGACAGCCGGUUGCAUGGACUGUCCCCAUACUUCGACGAGGACGGAGUAAUGCGAGCCAGCGGAAGGAUCGACGACGCGACGUGUGUGCCAUACAGCGCACGUCGACCGAUCAUACUGUGUCACGAUGAGGCACUGGCGGAGAUGAUCGUGCAGCAUUACCACGAGAGGAUGUGCCACCAAAACACGGAGGCAACCAUCGGAGCGAUCCGGCAGAAGUUGUGGAUUACGAACUUACGGAGGCUGCUACGAAGGGUGGUGAGCAAAUGCAACGUUUGCAAGCUGCGAAGGGCACGACCAACUCAGCCCGAGAUGGGUCCCCUUCCAGAGGACCGGCUGGAGGCCAACGGAUGGCCCUUUAAGUUCACUGGAUUGGACUAUUUUGGACCGCUAUUUGUGACGGUUGGACGAUGCACGGAGAAGAGGUGGGUGGCUCUGUUUACGUGUCUAACCACAAGAGCUAUCCACUUGGAGAUGGCUCACGAUUUGUCCCCCGAUUCCUGUAUAAUCGCCAUGAGGAACUUUAUGUGCCGACGUGGACCCGUCGUCAGGAUUAGGAGCGAUAAUGGAAAGAACUUCGUUGGAGCCGACCGCGAAGCCAGGAGGUUCAGCGAAGUGUUCGAGCCUGCACAGAUCCAGGGCGAGCUGUCGUCCAAAGGAGUCGAAUGGGUCUUCAAUUGCCCGGCGAACCCAGCUGAGGGUGGCACCUGGGAAAGGAUGGUGCAGUGUGUGAAGAAGGUGCUGGCGCACACGAUGAAAGAACUUGCGCCCAAGGAGCACGUACUGGAGAACCUGCUGAUUGAGGCGGAGAGCAUAGUGAACUCUCGUCCGCUCACUCAUCAACCAGUGACGGUGGACCAGGAGGCUCCACUAACACCCAACGACUUGCUGAAGGGAGCACCCGAUGUUCCAGACCUUCCCAAGGAUGACGGACAGGAGUUCGUGAGAUGCGCUACCAGGAAGCAGUGGCGCAUAGCGAGGAUGAUGCGGGAUCGUUUCUGGAAGAGAUGGGUGCAUGAGUACCUGCCUACACUUGUGCGCAGGGAGAGAUGA